AAACGACGUCUAUCCAAACUAAAACAAACUUCACCGACGCCGACCACGACCUCCCUGUCUUUAAACGACUCCUGUCAACAACUUCACCUCCGCGGCUGCGUGAAUUCUAUCAGUGUCGGAGGUUUGUGUCAUCAUGGGAGAAAUGUCGGAGCAGAGGAGCUUUUCUGAAGUUAUCACUCAGAUACUACAAGAGGCGCCAGAUGCCAGAAAACAGCUGCUCGACAACCACAGCAACCUCUUGAACGUCGCGGAUUACUGUGAAAACAAUUAUGUCAAGUUAGAUGAUUCAGAAAAGGCUGUGGAAGAGGCCAAGGCUUUGACCACCCAGGCUCUGGCCAGUGUGAGCUACCAGAUCAACAGCCUGGCCAGCACCGUGCUGAGACUUCUGGACUCUCAGGUCAUGCAGAUUAAAGCUAUGGAGUCCUCGGUCAACCUUCUGUCACUGGGUGUAGCGAUGCACUUUGAGAAGGUAGCAAGAAGAGAGAUUGGCGUUUUCACAACUACCAAAGAAAAGAUUCGCUCCAGGCGUUUGGUGGCGCCGCCUUCAGGCAAGGAGCCAGAGAGAAGCUACUCACGGGUGCCAAUAUCAUACUCCAUCCUGGACUCCAUGGGGCACUGUUUUCAUAUGAAACAUCAGGUCACCGAGGAGCAGCCCAGAAAGAGAGCAGACAGCAUACAUAGCAUGGCAAAUGUCUCCAUAACCAGUUUAGGUAUUGCUGUUCCUCCACCGUCAGUACCCACCUUGUCAUCUGUCACCAACGACAGCUUGCCGCCUCCUCCUCCCCCCUCUGCUGCCGGCCUGGACCCCACUGUGCCUGCUCCUCCACCACCUCCACCCCCUUCUUCCUCCAUGAACAUCGGCCUCCCACCUCCACCCACCUUGAUCUCGCCCUCGUCCUUCCCCUCACCUCCCCCUCCCCCUCCACCGACAUCCAGUUUGUCAAAUGGUGCCUACCUGCCUCCACCACCUCCACCUUUAUCAGGAGGGGGUCCUCUUCCUCCUCCUCCUCCUCCACCUCCACCAGGGUCUGGAACUGGUCCUCUUCCACCUCCUCCUCCGCCUCCACCCAUGUCAGGAACUGGUCCUCUUCCACCUCCUCCUCCACCUCCACCAGUGUCAGGAGCUGGUCCUCUUCCACCUCCACCUCCCCCACCUCCUCCACUAUGAGGUCCUCUUCCACCUCCACCAGUGUCAGGAGCUGGUCCUCUUCCACCUCCACCUCUCUAACCUCCUUCUGGUAUAAGGAGCUGGUCCUCUUCCUUCUAUACCUGCACCAGUGUCAGAAGUUGGUCCACUUCCACCUUCUCCUCCACCUCCACCAGUGUUAAGAGCUGUGCCCCCUCGUCCUCCUCCUCACCGGCACAUCAGAUAUUGAGCCACCAGUGCCUCCAUCACCUCGCCCUCACCUACAUUAGAAAAACGUUUUAAGAAGUUUCUGUUCUCAGAUGUUUUGACUUCUUUUUGCUCUUAACAUGUCCAAACCAUCGUGCUGGUUCUUUGCCAUUAGAUGUUUGUGCAAAGACGUAUUUUUUUGUUUGAAUAAAAGCUUGACAAAGUCUA